GAUUUAGUAGCAGAUGGUCUAAUCACUUUAUAUCUUGAAGCACAUGCUGGAGAAUAUAUUGCAAUGAUGUGUGUUGAAUCCAGAUAUGAGGAUAGCCCCUAUAUGACUCUUAAUUCAUAUAAGAGAAGAAGAUUAAAAAAAAAUAAACAUCGUCAAAGUCUUAAUAGUCAUAAAGAUCGCAGUCUUGGUAAAUCGGAUUCUAAUCAUAUUGAUUCAUCUGAUAGUUGUGAGAAAGCUACUUCAGAGUUUGUAUUUUUACAGAUAAAUGUGUCUCCUUCUCGAGAUACAUUAGCAAAUGAUAUUGAUGUUCAACAGUUUCAGAAGCCUCAUUCUUUUAAGGUUCAUAAUUUUAAGGGUUUGCCUUGGUGUGAUUUUUGUGGUAAUUUUAUGUGGGGACUCAUUGCUCAAGGUGUUAAGUGUGAAGAUUGUGGAUUCAGUGCCCAUAAACAUUGUUCAGAAAAAGUUCCAAAUGAAUGUUUGCCUGAUUUGAAGUAUGUUAAAAGAAUGUUUGGGGUUGAUUUAACUACACUAGUCAAAGCACACAAUACGUUGAGACCACUUGUAGUUGAUAUGUGCAUCAAAGAAAUAGAAAAUAGAGGUUUAGAAGUAGAAGGAUUAUACAGAGUUUCUGGAUUCAGUGAUGAAAUUGAAGCAGUUCGAUUAGCUUUUGAUAAAGACUUGUUUUUUGUACAAAAAUAAGUUGAAACAAAUGGAUAAAAAUGUGUGACGGGUAUAAAAAAAAACACUCCUGGGUCAGGAUGCUUUGACACCACCUCUAUUUUUGAGAGACACAACAAACCGUUUGAAUGCACAUGAGUGAUUUCGUAUGAGGGAACUUUGAGGUAAGCGAAUGGAAUAUGUGAAACCCAGAAGUGAUUCACUCUACUACAAAGUUAAUAGUAAAACAACAAAGAUUUAUUUUAAGCAUGAGCAAAUAUUACUACACAUUACAAACAACAGAAACUACAUCUAG